CCCACCAUUUUUCUUCGCUCUCAACCAUGAUUCGACUCCUCCUCCCUCGACCACCAUCUCGGUUACCCUCCUUCCCUCCUUACAUCCGUUUCUCUCGUCUGGGUAUCAGAAAAAUGGCUACCUCAUCGACGCCGGAAUUCAACAAAAUGCUUUAUGCCCCCUUGGCAGAAAUCGAUCCAGAGGUGCAGAACAUCAUCGAUAAAGAGACAUGGAGGCAGCUUUCUGGGCUGGAGUUAAUUGCUUCAGAGAACCUUACCAGUCUGUCUGUCAUGGAGGCGAACGGGUCCAUCUUGACGAACAAGUACUCCGAGGGUCUCCCCUCUGCUCGUUACUAUGGUGGUAACGAAUACAUCGAUGAACUCGAGAACCUGUGCCGCAAACGAGCACUCAAAGCGUUCAACCUCGACCCCGCACAAUGGGGUGUUAACGUGCAGCCCUACUCCGGAAGCACAGCCAACUUCGCUGCAUUUACUGCUCUCCUCCAGCCUCAGGAUCGUCUCAUGGGUCUUGGUCUUCCCGAUGGAGGUCAUCUCACUCAUGGUUACUACACGGCUAAGAAGAAGAUGACCGCAUCUUCCAUCUACUUCCAGUCGCUACCUUACGCCAUCACUCCCGAUACCAACCUCGUUGAUUACUCCGCUCUCGCUGCCCAGGCCAAGAUCUUCAAGCCAAAAAUGAUCGUCUGUGGUGCUUCUGCAUACCCUCGCGACUGGGACUACGCUGAGCUUAAGAAGACGGCGACGAAGGAAGGCGCUUGGCUCCUAUGUGAUAUGGCCCAUACCAGUGGUCUCGUCGCCGCCCAGGAGCUUAAUAGCCCCUUCGAUUACUGUGAUGUCGUUACUACUACGACUCACAAGACCCUCCGUGGUCCUCGUGCUGGUUUGAUCUUCUUCCGCAAAGACCUCGAGAACACCAAAGAUCUUGAGAAACGCGUCAAUGAGGCCGUCUUCCCUGCGUGUCAAGGAGGUCCCCACAACAACACGAUUGCCGCUGUCGCCACUGCCCUCCUCCAAGUUGCUCAGCCUGCAUUCAAGGAGUAUGCUAAGCAAGUUAUCCUUAAUGCUCGUGCACUCGCCGCCUCGCUCUCGGAACAUGGCUACAAACUCCAGACUGGCGGAACCGACAACCAUCUCGUUCUCUGGGACUUGCGCCCUCUCGGCUUGACUGGAAGCAAGAUUGAGAAGGUCUGCGAUCUCAUGGGUAUCACCAUCAACAAAAACGCCGUCUCUGGUGAUGCCUCUGCCCAGGUUCCGGGUGGUAUUCGCUUGGGCACGUCCGCACUGACAUCGCGUAACAUGGUCGAGUCCGACAUCAAGGUCGUCGCCGACUUCUUGCACCGAGCUGUGCAGCUAUCGUUGGUCCUACAGAAGGAGGCCGGAACAAAAAUGUUGAAGGACUUCGUUCGGGUUGCUACAACACAGGAGGGGGGCAAGGAAGGCUUUGCCAAGGUCAAGCAACUGAGGAAUGAAGUUCGGGAGUUCGCCAAGCAGUGGCCACUCCCAGGUGUGGACGCAGCGUCGUUCAAGAAGCCUGAGGGCAUUCACGAAGAUUGAGUGUGAGAUGAUGCAUGUAGAGAAGAUUCAACGUCUGUAUUUGUAGUCAUUCAUUUGUAGUGGGACAUUCAACAUCGUCCCAGUGUUUUGUAGUACUAGUGUUCCUACCAUUAGAGUCCGUCGGCAUGACGUAACAACCACCACAGAAGCUCUCAGAAGUCGGAGGACAAAUAUGAAAUUCACAUUUUUGUUUGAAGCGGAC